AUAUCUCUCUGUCCGCUUGCACUCCGCCACGUCCAUUUUCCUCCCAGAAUACAACUAAAUAGUGCCGCAAUAUGGGUCCUAGUAAAUCAUUUCAGUCCAUUCUGGACAAACAUCGCCCAGAUAUGAAGACAUAUGAGUCCAUCUACCGCGACUUCCACCAAAAUCCAGAACUGUCAACCCUCGAAAACGAGACCUCUGCAAAAAUCGUCAAACACCUAAAGUCCAUAUCCCAGGACCUCGACAUCCGCACAGGCAUCGGGGGCAACGGUCUCAUUGCCAUUUACAAGAACGGGUCAGGCCCAACUAUCUUACUCCGAUCCGACAUGGACGGUUUGCCAAUUGAGGAAGAAACCGGGCUAGAAUACGCAUCGAAGAAACGAAUGACUGACGCCACCGAUAACGUCGAGAAACCCGUCAUGCAUGCCUGCGGACACGAUGCACAUAUGACGUGCAACAUCGGAGCCGCUGAGACGCUCCUCAAGGCCAAAGAUGAGUGGUCUGGGACAAUCAUCUUCCUGUUCCAGCCCGCCGAGGAAAUCGCGCGCGGUGCACAGGCUAUGGUCGAGGAUGGCCUGUUCGGCUCCAAGCACAACUGUCCCAUACCAGAUGUACUCCUCGGGCAGCAUGUCUUCCCUCUGCCCCCAGGCAAGGUCGUUACCAAGGCUGGCACCGUCAUGUCUGCGGCCGAUAGCUUCAGAAUCACCAUCUACGGAAAAGGAGGGCACGGGAGUAUGCCUGACCUGUGUGUCGAUCCCGUGGUUGUGGGUUCUUCAAUCGUUAUGAAGCUUCAAACGAUCGUCAGCAGAGAGAUGCCUCCAAGCGAGUCUGCAGUCGUCACUGUUGCUAGUUUCCAUUCCGGUGCGACAGCUAAUGUUAUAAGUAACCAGGCCGUGCUGCAACUGAAUGUCCGGACAGUCAGCGAGCACUCUAGGAAGGUUGCUGUAGACGCAGUAUAUCGGAUCGUCAAGGGUGAAUGCCAGAUGGCAAGGUGCCCGAAGGAGCCGCUCUUUGAGCGUCUAAGCCAGUAUCCUCUAAGCAUUAAUGAUGCUGGAUUAUCCGAAAAGGUGCAAGAAUCGUUUACGAAUCAUUUCGGAGAUCAGCAUCAGGUACUAGAAGCUCCCUUCGCGGGCAGCGAGGACUUUUCAAACCUGGCCACCGCUAUAAACAAACCGUCUUUCUUCUGGGGCUGGAGUGCAACGCAUCCUGACACCUGGAAGAAGUAUGAGGAUGGCACCCUGGAUCAGCUUCCAAGUAACCACUCGUCCUCUUUUACUACAGGCAUUCCUGGGGCCCUGGUCACUGGUAUCGAUGCGAUGGUUGUGGCAGCAUUGACCUUCGUUGGAAAGUCCCCGUGACGGUAUAAACUACAUGUCUGUACAGUGAUAAUACUGUAGUUAUAAAGUAACCAAAGGAAUGAAACUGGCAUUCUUGUUGACUCUGGG